AUGAGAAGGAAGGGCCGCUUGUGCCGUAGCCAAAUCCCAAGUAAAGUCGAGGAAAACAAAAGCCCUAAACAAUGUUUGAGGGAAGGACACUGUAGGAGCUUGCAAGUCACGUUUUUUGCAUGCAAAAGAUCGAUGUUGGAUACCAGGGCAAGAUUCAGAGGAAGGAAGGGGUACUGA